AUGCCAUCCACAAAGCAGCAGCGUGCCCGCCGCCAGACUGCACCAUCUGGACCGCCGCGGCAGCCAACCGCUCUCGAAACCCAAGUCGGCCUCGAAACGACACAGGAGCACUCCUCGGACUUGCCGAAAAGCAGUAUUCCAAACUGGAACAAUGAGCUUGAAUUCUCCUCAUGGCUCAAUGGUGUCAAGGAUGACUUGGUAGAGGAAAGCUACGACCAAUAUCAGGGCACAUUAGAUGACCUUCAACAAUCAAAAGAACACAUAGAUGAAAUCCUUACAAGCACAUUGACCCUCCUCGAUGACCUUUCCAACCUAUCCGAAUCAUUCAGAUCUGUCGAGUCGCAAACAUCCAACUUCGAGAAGCAAUGCGAGGGGCUGCUAGCUGCCCAAGAACGGGACAUGAAGCUGGCAAAUGGAAUCCAGAAUAAUCUCCAUUAUUAUGACUUCUUGGACCCUGCCUCGCGACGACUCAAUGCGCCAGGCGCUGGAAACACGGUCCGCGAUAAGGAGUUCUCUGAUAUGCUGAGGCGUUUAGAUGUUUGCUUAGACUACAUGGAGAGACAUCCUGAGCAAAAAGAAGCAGAGGUCUAUCGCUCCAGAUACCGACUACUCCUCACUCGCGCCCUUACCCUCAUCCGCGGAAAUUUCGUAAGCGCCCUUCGGGAUAUCUACCAAAACGUUUCGAAAAAGAUCUCCGACCAGCAAUUGAAUGACACGGCAUUGUCUGCUCUCCUUUACGCUAAAUUCAGAGUUGGGGCACCAGAUAUGAAGCAAAUCGGCGUGGAAAUCCAGAAGAGAGCAGUUCCACCCCUCAACCCAGAUCAAAAUAACGAAGCCGAGUACCAGAGCUUGAUGAACGAACUGCACAACAAUUAUGCAGCCACCCGAUCACGACUCAUAGUGCCCCUCGCUCGCAAGAAGCUCAUUGAGAUCACCCAAACGCCUAGUUCGUCCAAGGAUCUAGUCUCAUUUGCGAGAGCGAGCAUCAGCUACAUCCGAGGUUUGUGUUUGGAUGAAUAUGAUCUGUGGGGAGAAUGGUUCCAUGGACAAGGAGGAUUGUAUGACUUUCUUGAAGCUAUUUGCGAGCCGCUGUAUGACCAUCUCCGCCCUCGUAUCAUCCACGAGACCGAUAUCGUCAAUCUCUGUCAACUUUGCACCCUGCUGCAAACACGGUAUUUCUUGGACCCAGAAGAUGAAACGGAGCCCACAGAUACGAAUCAGCUCGACUUUUCUAUUUUGAUCCAGCCUGCUCUACAGGACGUCCAAACUCGUCUAGUCUUCCGUGCUCAGGCAAUUCUUCAAGAUAGCAUUGAGCGAUACAAGCCUCGUCCGGAGGAUAUUGAUUAUCCAAUGCAUAGCCGACAAGUAUCCUUGACAAUUACCGACACCCAAAUAUCAGGAAAAAAAGACACUACAGCCGAUACCAUGAUCGACAUGACAAACACUACCAAGGAGGGUGAAAAUUCCGAGGAUGAUGCGCAGGAGAAAGGUGGAAAGUGGGACUUUGAGACCCAAACCGCUCUGAAAGGGUGGUAUCCGACAUUAAGAAAGGCAAUUUGGCUUCUCAGCCGGAUCUAUCGGCUUGUCAACUCAACUGUCUUUGAUGAUCUCGCCCAUCAGAUCGUUCACCAAACUACUGAAUCUCUUCACAGCGCCAGCCUCAUGAUCUCCGGAAAAUCGACGCCGGCGGACGGACAACUGUUCUUAAUGAGUCAUCUUCUCAUUCUAAAACAGCAAAUUGUCGCCUUUGACAUUGAAUUUGUUGCCCCAGACGUCUCACUUGACUUCUCUGGUGUCACCAGCACAUUUUGGGAGCUGCGUGAACGUGGUGGGUUGUUCAACCCUCGCAACUUGAUGCGUCUCGUUGGCCAUGGCCUCGUUCCACGUGUUGUGGAGAAUAUGCUUGAUGCCAAGGUUGAGCUGGAUGGCCGUCUCCGCACCGUCAUCAACGAUUUUAUUAAUGCAUUUGCCGCUCGGAUGACUGCCUCUUUACCAUCCAAGUUUGUGGAUACACGAAAUUUACAACCUGGGGAACUCACCCAUCCCACUUGCCAUACCAUCGAAAAGGAGGUUCCGAACCUUCGAAAAAUCCUGAACGCAUAUAUCGAUGAUACCCGCAUGAAGGAAACUCUUGUUGGUGCGGUGCAAGAUCGCACGAUUCAGAUAUAUGAAGACUUCCUGGACAAGUACACAUCUUCUAUGAAGGGCAAGGGGAAUUCUGUCAGCAACAAAGGCAAAGGUCGUGACGAUGCAGUUUGGGAUAUUGAGACAUUUGCAGAUUGGUGCGAGGGUAUCUUCCGAGUCGGUGUCGCAGGCCUCCAGGCUCAGCAGACUGACCUGCAUGGCGAUGACGAUGAUGUUCUAAGCACGAGCUCAUGA